AUGGCUCCAGACAAGUUCCACGUGUUUGGUAGUAUUGGUACCGUUUCGGAGUUUGAAGCGACGGAUGAUUGGAAAUUGUACCAGGAAAGGCUGGAACAAUAUUUCCUCGCUAAUGCCAUUGAAGAAGGAAGGAAGGUUCCUGUAUUACUGUCAGUAGUUGGAUUAAAUACUUACAAAAUAAUUAAGGAUUUGAGUGAUCCGGUUUUACCUAAAUAUAGACCGUAUACAGAAAUUUGUGAUUUGUUAAAUGGUCAUUUUUCUCCAGCAGUUUCGGUAUUUCGAAAACGUAUAGAGUUUUAUAAUCUUCGACAAGGUGAAGUUGAAACUUGUGGAAAUUGGUAUGCAAAACUGAAAAAUGCAGCCAUCGAGUGUAAAUUUGGUGCAAAACUAAAUGAUGUACUCAAGGAUAAGUUUGUAUCUGGAUUAAGAGCAGGAAAAGUGUUGGACCGGCUCUGUGAAGAGGAUCCUGAAACAAAAACGUUAAAAACUAUGGUCGAACUGGCGCUGAAGUAUGAAUCAACGGUUGUUAAUUCAGUCAGAGACAUUAACGUUGUGAAUACUUACAAAGGCAAAAAUUACAGACACUAUGUUGACAAGAAGGCACCUAAGAACUAUAAGAACAUGGGCAAUGAAAAAGCGACGACAGCUACAACAGGAGCAGCGAAGCUGGGACCGUCUACUACAAGUAAAGCAGCCUGUUUUGCAUGCGGUAAGAGCAACCAUACAUUUUCUGAAUGCAGGUACAAGGAGUUUAUUUGCAAUGUAUGUAAGACCAAAGGUCAUUUAGCAAAAGUAUGUAAGAGUAGGAAAAACAGCUAUAAGGUUAAGUCUAAUAAUUAUGUUAACUCUGAGGAAACUCAGAAAUUGGAUAGCUUGGGUAUGGAUUUUAUUAAUAUGUUUAGUUUAAAUGAAGUUAAUUUCUGUGAACCUUUUAUAAUUAAAAUGUUAGUUAAUGGGGUACAGUUAGAAAUGGAACUAGACACUGGUGCAGGAGUGUCAGUUUUACCAGAAAAUAUUUUAAAAGGAAAAUUAAGAAUGUAUGAAAUUAAACCUACCUUUGUGAAACUCAAGGCUUAUGAUGGAGCAAUAAUUGAACCGAUUGGUGAAGUGGAAAUGUGUGUCGAUUAUAAAUCAAUAAAAAAAAAGUGUAAGUUUUUGGUUGUUUCAAGUGAUAAUAAACCGUUGGUUGGUCGAGAUAUCAUGGCAGAGUUUGGCAUUGGAGUUAACAACCUGAUUAAUGUUAACAGUAGGAAGUUAAAUUUGGAUAAGUUGUUACAUGAAUUUAAGGAUAUUUUUAGUGAAGAGAUUGGUACUUACAAUUUUGAAAAAAUUAAUUUGAAGCUUAAGCCAGAUUCAAGUCCAGUAUUUGUCAAACCAAGAACGGUUCCUUUUGCGUUUAAAGUUAAAGUAGAAGAGGAGUUAAGUAGAUUAGAGAAGAAAGGUGUCAUUACCUUAGUGGAUAAUAAUGAUUGGGGAACACCCUUAGUGCCUGUGCUAAAAAAUAAUGGAGAAAUAAGAAUUUGUGGUGAUUAUAAAACUACAGUGAAUAAGUUUUUAGAGGAUGUUAAGCACCCUCUGCCCAAGGUAGAAGAGUUAUUUGUAGCUUUACAAGGUGGAAAAACUUUUUCAAAAAUUGAUUUUAGAAAUGCGUAUAAUCAAUUGGUGUUAGAUGAAGAGACAAGUAGACUUCUGGCUUGGAGCACACAUAAAGGAAUUUAUUUGGUAAAUAGGUUGCCAUAUGGAACCAAGCCAGCAUGUGCAGUUUUCCAGAAAUAG